AUGGCUGCCCCGCCAAUGGAAGCUCAGGAGAUUGUCCCAGAGGAUGCUCAUGGCCUGAAGUUUCCUUGGCAGAAGAGGCAUUUGAACAAAUACCUGGACACGAAUCUUUUCAUUUAUGUACUACUUUUGUUCAUUUGGACAAGUAGUUGUUUAAAUACAAGCCAGAGUAAUGAAUCUUCUACUAAAGGAGCUAAGCAUGGUGAAUUAAUGCAGACCAAAUUGGACAAUUUUAGACUCAUUAUCAUAAUUGGUAUUAUGAUCAUAGGUUUUGGCUUUACGUGUUCUUAUGUUAUCCACUAUAAUUGUAUGAGCGACAAUCAUGAAGAAAGAAUAGAUAACAGCAAGUCAUCCAGAUCGAAAAUAUUCAGUAAAUUCAAGACAGACUGUCCAUGCAGUCCAGAAAAACAACCCAUGCUAUCCAGUGUAAUCAAGUUAUCUAGACCCUCAAGUCCAGAAAAGUCAUCCGUAUCAUCUAGUGAAGAAAAGUUAAUCAGACCAUCUCAGGAAAACUCAUCUAGGCCAUCAAGCCCAGAGAAUGUAUUGAGGUCACCCCACCUGGAAAAGUCAUACAGAACAGGCAGUCUAGAAAAGUCAUAUAAGCUAGUCAGUCAAGUUAGUUAAUCCUAUCCAAAUAAGGCAGUCAGGUCACCUUGGCCAACCAGUGUACAAUAUCCAGUCAGACUAACCAAGCCACCUUGUCCACCCUGUCCACGAAAUCAAAUCUUGCCACCCAAGCCAUUCAGUUUACAGAAACUGCCCAAGUCCCCCAGACACCCUAAUCUAAAAAGGUCAGUUAAUACAGGAAUGUCAGACAUGUUACCUAGGCCUCAAUUAGCCAAGCCUUGUUUGUGCUACAAGAAAAGAUGCCUCGCCUGCAGAACUUCCAAGUCAUUGGUCAAAAUUUCUCAGGUAAAGAAGAAAAAUACUCAAAAGCCACUUUUUCCAAGUGAAGUGAGGCCUUUUUCCAAACCCUUUCAUACAUCAGAUCCCAGAGAUAUUGCAUUCUGUGAAAACGUGAGUGCCAGUGAUAUGAUAUGUGACAGUGAUGACAAUGAUAAGGAGAUAACCAUUAUUUGCAACAUAAAACACAAUGAAGUUAUCCCUAGAGGCACCAAACUAAUUAAGGGCUCUGUAAAAAUAAAGGCCACCUGUGAAGAAGCAAAUUUAUACCAACUAUUUUAUGCUCAUGAUCCUUUAAGACAUUGA